AUGGCCAAGAAAAGAAAACACCAGUACAACCUGAGUGCGUCGAGUCGUCCCAUCAAACGCCAGCGAGUCACCGAUCAGAAGUCUUCUUGCCCUGAUGAUACAGCCUCAUGCAAUGCGUUGCCAGACAUCCACCAUGGCGUGCUGUCUUCCCUGUACCCCAAACUAUGCACGUUGAGGCAGUUCCUUCUUGCCAAUUUACCUUCUACAUCCCGUGUUCGGCGGCGCAAAGUGACUUCUUUUGGAAGCGAUGAUGCAGCUUGCUUCUUCGAUACUUGCUUGGUGGGCGUUUUGAAAGAGCCGUCCACUACGGUCAACAAGUCACGCAAAGUUGAUUUUGCUACCUUUACCCAAAGUCAACAGCGCGCGACUGGCACCAAUACUGCCCAGUCACAACUGUGUUGCAUGAGCGAAAUCAUUGAUUUUGUCAUUUGGUCGCUGUUCAAAGGCCAGGCCAUCCUUGGUACAAGGCCUCGCCAUAUCCUGUGCCAUGGUCUGCAAAGGGCCACUGUGACCAAUGCUCAUGGGCAUGGGGGCAUAGAGGCAACUUUGCUACCUGGCAUUGUUCGGCACCAUCCUAACGCUAAUCUGGAGCAAUUGAAAUCUAGGCCUUGGUCGGAUAUUCUCUCGCUCUUGGGUGAAGAUGGUGAAGUUAUAUUAUCAAGUUUGUUCUUGGAUUGUGGGCUUUUCACUCGACUACCCUCUGGCUCUGACAAUUACUAUCAACUGAGUGGAAUUCCCAUUUCCGAACUGACACCGCUUCAUUCUUCACAGUCAGGGUGUCCCCAGUCGGCUCAGACUCGGAGUACACAACUCUCAAAUAUUCGAUUUGUGAGAAAUCGAAUACUCUAUGCCAAACCAUCCUUGAAUCGCAAUGGGAAAGUUAGAGUUGGGUUUUCUCACGCACAUGUUCUUCAAAGAUUCUCAGAUGCUAAUCGACGAGACCACACUGUUCAUGUAAUGAAGUACAUUUUUCCACGUCAAUACGAUCUGCACAACGUUUUUACCUCGAGAGUCAACUCCACAGAAACCACGCAGCAAUUCAAAGACUACACUUUCCGAGAACAAGAAAUGUCUGGCCAACACACCACAUCUUCGACAUGGGUCCCACGACGGUUGCGUGGCGAGGCUUUUCGACUUAUUCAAAAGGUUCAGCGACGUCAAAAUAGUUGCUCGUAUGGCCAACUUUUCAGGCACCACUGCUCCAUCGCUGCUUCACCGACAGAACGCCCUCGGGCAUCAGCCUUAAAACAACUGCGGCAGUCUACAUCUAGUCCCGAGGCAUUGAGCACUCAAGCCCCAUUGUCAGGCUCGUCAGGGGAUAUUCUUGAGAUUCCUUCCAUUGAGCACGAGACCGAUGCUUCCUUCAUUCCUCAUGCGACACCAGCAACAAGGGUUUCAGCGUUCUGCAGAUCAGUCAUCACAAAGUUGCUACCCAGCGACGCCUUCGGGUUAGGGCCAGAAGGUCGGCACAACUACAAAAUGAUCAUGACAAAAAUGGACGAGUUCAUUCACAUGCGACGCUUUGAAAGUAUGACUUUGCAUAGCGUUGUCCAAGGAAUCCGUCUGAGGCCGAUUAGCUGGCUUGCUCCACAGGGGAAGCUCGAUCAAAAGCUGUCCAGAUCCGAUUGUAACAAGCGUCUCGAGAUUUUGUACGAGUUCGUAUAUUACAUCUUCGACUCUCUGCUCGUCCCCUUGAUUCGGACCAAUUUCUAUGUCACUGAGAGUUCAACGAACCGAAAUCGCCUGUUCUACUUUCGACAUGAUGUUUGGCGAAAACUCUCGGGGCCUAGUUUCGCGGUCCUGAAAUCCAACAUGUACAUUGUGGUUCCUCCCAGCCAUGCGCGCCGAACACUACGAUCGCGGACCUUGGGUUAUAGCCAUUUGCGACUUCUUCCCAAGAGCGAGGGCUCGAGACCAAUCACCAAUCUCAGACGUCGGCAAUUGCGAUUGGUUUCUGGAAAGAGGGUCCUAGGAAGCAGUAUCAAUGCUCAACUUGGUGCUCUGUUCAGCAUCCUGAAUUUUGAACGAGCGCGUGACCCUUCGCCGUUAGGCUCCGCCUUGCUAUCGGUGGGCGACCUUCAUGGUCGCUUGGUGCAGUUCAAAAGAAUGAUUCCAUCAGGGUCUCGCCUAUACUUCACGAAGGUCGAUAUCAAAUCUUGUUUCGACAGCAUACCACAGGAGCACUUGCUCAACAUAGUCCAAUGCCUGCUUGGAGAGCCAACAUACAGAACGACGAAAUACACAGAGGUCAAAUUCGUGGAGGACGGAGUGCGAGAUGCCAAAAGUCGACUCGGACGUCGCUAUAUUGGGGCAGCUCGGGCCGCUGAUGACAACGCAGUAUUCUCAGAGUCUCUAGCUUCUGAUAUUGCGUUGAAGAAACGCAAAGUGGUAUUUGCGGAUACGGGAAACCACAGAAUCUCGCCCCGAAGAUCACUGUUGCAACUCUUACAGGAACACGUGGGCAACAACAUUGUGAAGAUCGGGAAUAACCACUUCAGACAAACAUCAGGCAUCCCUCAAGGUUCGGUGCUAAGCAGCAUUCUCUGCAGUUAUUUCUACGGGGCUUUCGAACAGAGUGAACUGAGUUUCUUGGACUCACGGUCCAGCUUGCUUCUACGGCUCAUUGACGAUUUUCUCCUGGUGACGACUGACGAUGGCCUUGCGCGAAAGUUCCUUGAUGUCAUGGUUCGAGGCAGUGAAAAGUAUGGCAUAAUCGUCAAUGCUGAGAAAUCUCUUGCCAACUUUGAUGUGUCAAUCCAAGGACGAAAAGUCCCUCGAAUCCACGGUAGCAAUUUCUUCCCUUACUGUGGAUUGGGAAUCGAGAUGAGCACCCUGGAAUUAAGCAAGGACCGUGAGAAGAAGGACGCAUACAUCAGUAACGCCUUGACAGUUGAAACUUGUUCGAAGCCUGGAGCAACGUUGAGACGAAAGAUUCUGACCUCUCUGAAGCUACAGAUGCAUGGCAUGCUGUUAGAUAUGUGUCUGAACAAUCGCCAGCAAGUCAUAUCAAGUCUGCUAGGAAAUUUCACCGAGUCAGCCAUGAAACUGCAUCGAUACAUGGCAAACAUUCCAUCACACAGGAGACCUUCGCAAGGCCUGAUUAGGAACUUGUUCAUCGACUUGGUGGCAGUAGGCACGAAGCUUUGCCGUGCGAAGAACAGCAACAACGGACAUAUCAGCAAGUCUCAAAUGUACUGGAUCGCGGCCUCGGCAUUCGAGCGAGUGCUAUUGCGCAAACAAAGUCACUACCGGGAGCUUCUGGGGUGGCUGAAGUCUUUGAGAGAAAGCACUGCCGUGAGGAUGAACUUGGGGCCGGCAAGGCUGGAACAGAUGCUGCAAGAGAACGAGAAAGCAUUCCGUGGAUACGUGUAUUGA